UAAUCAAAAUGGCGGAUUCUUGAAGUGAAGUGCAAUAUUUAUCUGAAUUUAGUGGACAAGAAAGCCAUUACUUUUAACAUAAUGCAUGAUUUUCUUGAUGUUUUGUACGAAGUCUAGCAUUUUGCAGUCUCAAAGAAGUUUAAAACUCAGGGAAUUUUCCGUAAUUUAAUUUGCGAAGACGCACAUUUGUACCAUUGCUUCGUUGUUGACAUCAAAACCUGAACUCGUUUAAGGCGGGAAACGUCAAAAUUCUUAUAUUUAAGUAUGGAUACAGAAACUGAAGAAGCGUUCAGUGGUACUUCAAAUGCUGGAGAUAGUCAUUCAGAUACAGCACAACUAGAAUCAAGUAUAGCUGCAUCCGAAAAGAACAAAACUGGUAAUACCUCUCCAGUCGAGAAUGGAAUCGAGUUGCACGAAAAUGCUGCAUCGAUCAAUGGASGGGGUAGCUCAGAAGCGAGGGAAAAAGAACUAGAUCCAGUUGAAAUGAUACCUUUAAUCAAAGAAAGAGUCACGUUGAGUGCUCUNUCAUCAGAUUUAUGGACAACAGAGCAUGAUGACACUAUUUUAAAGUUUGUGACUGACACAACCAUGCGGAUUCUCGUGGUAUAUAUUGACAAACUCUUAGGACUUCAGGUUUCCUCYUCGAUCCRGCCYCACCAGGUUGACGAACUUACUUACAUUAUAAAAUCAGAAGAUGCUGUUCUUAAUCCUGAUAAUUUAGAGAAAAAACUGCAAUUUGGAACUGUACAUAUGAACUAUGUGGAGAAUUUGCUAAGAUUAAUGACAAAUGUCUAUGCUCCGUUAUUCUUUAAAAACUCCUCUUGGCCUGAUAGUAUCAAAAAUGACUUUUCUGCACAUGUACAUAAGUUUAUGGCCAAUCUAACCGACACUAGAUACAGAAUGCAAGGAAAGACUGUUCUGUAUGUUCCUAAUGAGAAUGUCAACCUCAGUAUAGAAGAAGCUGCCAAGAGUAAAGAAUUUGUACAAAGAUUGGAAACUGCAAUGAUCCAUUGGACAAGACAGAUUAAAGAGGUACUCAGCAGCCAGGAUAACCUUGAAACYGCUGAAAACUCAGGCCCUCUUGAYGAAAUAGAAUUCUGGAGAAGUAGAUGUGCAGAUCUUUCAGGAAUCAGUGACCAGCUCAACAAGCCAGGAGUGAUGAGAAUACAGAGUAUCCUAGAAUUAUCCAAAUCGUCUUACGUUACUCCAUUCCUAAAGCUUGCUAAACAGAUACAGAAUGGAUCAGCCCAGGCCCAAAGCAAUCUCAAGUUUCUGUCUGUGUUGAAAGAACCAUGUGAAGCUCUUGCAGAGGCUCAGCCAAAGGAGAUCCCACCCAUGCUUCCCAAGAUUCUAAACAUUAUCAGAGUAAUAUGGAUCAACUCUGAACAUUACAAAAGUGCAGAAAGGCUCACUGGCCUGUUGAGGAAGAUGAGCAAUGAAAUCAUCAAACGUUGUAGCACUAAAAUCUGUCUUGAUGAUAUCUUUGAUGGGCGAAUUAGAAUAAGCAUGCUUGGUCUUCAAGAGAGCAUUGAGUGCUGUGAAGCAUAUAAGGACAUUUAUCUAAAGAUAAGUAGAAUGCAUGCUAAGUUCUCUGGAUUCCCUUGGGUACUUGACCAAAGCAGCAUUUUUGCUCAAGUUGAUGCAUUUGUGCAAAGAUGCAAGGAUCUGCUUGAGGUCUGUGAAGGCCAAAUGCAUUUUGCAAGAAUGUAUGAUGGCACAAAGACUCCACUUCCUUGUUUCCACGGUGUAAAGGGACCUGAAAUUGUAAGAAGCCUUCUUGAGAUAGAAGCUACAUUUGAGAAGAACUUACAGAUCUUAAGGAAUGUCAAGAAAACUAUCUUGGAUGUCAAGGCAACKACUUGGCAUGAUGACUUUAAUAGAUUCCGUGCUGGUGUAAAAGAUUUGGAGGUGAUGGUACAGAAUUUGAUAACAUCUGCAUUUGAGACAGUCAUUUCAUCACAGGAAGGGGCUGAAAUCCUGGAUAUCUUCCAACAUCUUUCUUCUAGAGAGGCUAUCAGGAGAACUAUUGACAAAAAGACAGUAGAAGUCUAUCAACUAUUCAAUGAAGAACUAAAUCUAGUGAAGAAGGAGUUUAAUACAAAGAGUGUAGAUUUACCAGCUUUYUAUCCUAAGUAUGCUGGCUCCUCAAGCUGGGCCAGAAUGUUGCGACGUAGGAUUGAUAAACCAAUGGCAGUCAUCAACAAAGCAUUUUAUUUGCCUCAAAUUGGCACUGGAGAUGAAAUACGAACCCAGUACCAGCAAUUAGCACAGGCUUUGGAUGAGUAUGUGCGCAAGACGUUCAAUGAGUGGACGGCGUUAGUAGAUAAGGAAUCAGUAAAACUCCUUGAAAUUCCACUCAUGAGGAGAAGCCAGGACAGAACAGGGACUCUGGAUCUGCAUUUUGACAAGAGUCUUUUGAAGUUAAUUAAUGAGAUUCACUACUGGGAGAAGUUGAUGUUCGAGACACCUCACUAUGUCUCAGAAGUUUACCAAAAGAAGGAAGACCUGAGGAUAUUACGAGAAAAUGUCUUACUUGUCGUCAGGGAUUACAAUAGAAUAAUAGCAGUUCUGUCACCAGAAGAACGUGCCCUCUUCAAGGAAAGAAUCCGGUCMUUAGACAAAAAGAUUCAUCCAGGUCUCACUAAACUCACCUGGGCUUCCAAAGGUAUAUCAGAUUACUUCAUUGGMGAAUGUAGAAACAACUGCAGCAAGGUUCAAGGUAUAGUAGAUGACUACAAGAAUGCCAACUUGAUGAUUUCCAAGAACUGUGUCAAGAUUAGUGAGAUGUUAUUGGUAAAGAUUGAUGGAAAAAGAGUGUAUGAUAACCUUGAGUUUGAAGAUGAACAGAAAAGCCACAUGUCGAUGCUGCAAACAAGACUUCAAGUCACUCACAUGGAGAUAGUUGGAACUAUGAAGAGUACAUAUGAAGUAUUCAGAAAUGAUGGCCAAGAUGUUCAAGCCCAUUGGGUACGAUAUACUGAAAAGAUUGAUCGUAUGGUAGAGGAAGCCUUUAGACUUAAUGUCAAGUGGUCACUGCAGGAACUAUCUAGAGCUAUCAAUGGUGAUGGCAAGAGUAUACCAAACCCUCUGUUAAGAGUCAAGGUUGUUUUGGAAGGAGAUAAGGUUGAAUUCUCUCCAACUCUAACCAAACUGGCAAGCAUGAUGGACAACAUUGCAAGCUCACUCACAACUUGUCUAUCAGUGUUCAAGAGAUUACCAAAUCUACUGACAAAAAGAAAGUCUACCAAAGAGCCUGUUCAUAUUAUAAUUGAAAGAGAUGAUGAAACAAAAAAGAUCCAAGCUGCAAUCAAAGCAGGAAUGUCUGCUAAUGCCUCUCAUCUACAGUCAUACCUUAGCACAUGGGACACAUAUCGUGAAAUCUGGGAGAUUCAAAAAGAUGCUUUCAUUAGGAGAUACCAAAGACUCAAUCCUCCUGUGUCAUCUUUUGAUGCAGAUAUUGCAAGAUAUACAGAAAUUGCCAAUAACUUCCAGAAAGAAGAGACAGUUCUGAACAUUGACUUUGUGAUGCUGGAUUGUUCACCAUUAAAGUUUGCUUUGUUGAGRCAUUGUAAUGAGUGGCAGAACAAGUUCACUACUCUAUUGAGGGAGAUGGCCAGUCAGAAAUUGAUGGAGCUCAAUAGUUUCUUAAAAGACAAUGCAAGGAAGCUAAGUGCACCUCCAGAGACAUUAGAUGAGUUGGGAGAAAGUCUUGCAUUACUAGAGCGUAUGCAGAAUGAUUUGUCCAACAUUGAAGCAAAAUUCCCWCCAUUACAUGAGCAGUUUCUGAUCCUGGAGAAAUAUGAAGUUCCUAUUCCAGAAGAGGUUCAGCAAAUGCUUGACCAGCUWAGUGGGGAAUGGAUGUCAUUCCAGCAAUGCCUGCUAGARAGUGAUGUCAUGRUGAAAAAGAGCAAAGAAAAGUUCAAAACAGGACUUAUCCAUUCAUCAGAGGAGUUUAAGAAYACUGUCAAUACCUUGUUUGAUGAUUUCCAAGUCAAAGGACCUUUUAGCAGUGCUAUUGCUGUAAAAGAGGCUCUUGAGCAAGUUGCUCAAUACCAUGAACAAGUCCAGAAUCUCAAAAACCAAGAGUCCACCCUGCGACGUGGUUUGAACAUUUUCAAGAUUGAGCAAGCUCCWUCCAAGGACCUGCAUACACUGGAGAAAGAUCUUGAACACUUGGAGCAAGUUUGGACUAUCACUAAGGAAUGGGAAGAUCUMUGGGAUUCUUGGAAAGUUGGUCGAUUCACAGAACUUGURACUACUGACAUGGAAACYACAUCACAGUUGUUGUUUAAAAGAUUGAAUAAGACAGUCAGAGAAAUCAAGGACAAAAAUUGGGACAUCUGUGACUCCAUCAAAGGCCGUAUUGAGCAGUUCAAGAGAACCAUGCCACUUAUACAAGAUCUUAAAAAUCCUGCAAUGAGGGACAGACAUUGGAGUCAAAUUAAGAGUGAAGUCCAGAAACCUUUUGAUCAUACAGCUGAUGACUUCACCCUUGAGAAAAUCAUUGAACUUGGCUUGGAUCAGUUUGCUAUGCAGAUCUCUGACAUAUCUGGUGCUGCAAGCAAAGAGUUGUCUAUUGAACAAGCAAUUGCUGGUAUUGCACAAGCAUGGGAGCAAGUUAAUCUUGACAUAGGGCCUUACAAGGACCGUGGACACUUUAGGCUGAGAGCAACUGAUGAAGUUUUCCAGUUACUUGAAGACAACCAAGUCACUCUUUCCACCAUGAAGGCCUCCAGAUAUGUCAAGGCCUUUGAAGUUGAGGUUGAUAAAUGGGAAAGAACUCUUUCUCUUAUUCUGGAAGUAAUUGAGAUGAUCCUCACUGUGCAGAGACAAUGGAUGUAUCUUGAGAACAUAUUCUUGGGUGAAGACAUCAGAAAACAGCUGCCAAGAGAAUCUGCAGAAUUUGAUGAUGUCAAUGGCAACUGGAAAGUCAUCAUGCAGAGACUYAACAAAGACCCUAAUGCACUUAGAGGGACACAUCAUGAAGGUCUUCUAGAGACUUUGAAUGAUAUGAAUGCCAAACUUGAAGAAAUUCAAAAAUCACUUGACAUGUACCUUGAGACGAAGAGACAAAUCUUCCCUCGUUUCUAUUUCCUUUCUAAUGAUGACUUGCUUGAGAUACUUGGACAGUCAAAGAAUCCAGAAGCAGUCCAGUCACAUCUUAAAAAGUGUUUUGAUAACAUCAAAUCUCUUAAAAUGGCAAAGAUGGGAAUAACACAGAAGACGGAAGCAGUUGGGAUGUACUCGGCAGAGGGUGAAUAUGUUGAAUUUGGUCAUUCUGUCCUCCUAGAGGGUCCAGUAGAGGCAUGGCUGUGUGAUGUUGAAAGAAGUAUGAGAUGGACACUAAAGGAACUACUGAAACAUUGUCGCAUUGCACUUAAAAAGAACCUCAGCAAYCGUGAUAAGUGGGUCAAGGAAUGGGCUGGACAGCUAACAAUAACUUCKAGUCAAAUACAAUGGACAAGUGACUGCAAUAAAGCUCUUAGUAACACCAAGGAACGUGGCGAUAAGAAAGCUCUCAAGAGUCUGAAAAAGAAACAGGUGUCAAUGCUCAACAAGUUCUCUGACAUGAUUCGUGGCAACCUCACUAAACUUCAGCGUCUCAAAAUUGUUGCCUUGGUAACAAUUGAGGUCCAUGGACGUGAUGUCAUUGAGAAGCUCAUCAAGUCUGGAUGUAGUGAUGUAUCAGCUUUUGAAUGGCUCAGUCAAUUACGUCUCUAUUGGGAUAAGGACAUUGAUGAUUGUGUAGUUCGUCAAACAAACACACAGUUCCAGUAUGGCUAUGAAUACCUUGGAAAUUCUGGACGUCUUGUCAUCACUCCUUUGACUGACAGGUGUUACAUGACACUUACUACAGCACUCCAUCUUCAUCGGGGUGGAAGCCCCAAAGGACCUGCUGGAACAGGYAAAACUGAGACCGUUAAGGAUCUCGGAAAGGCRCURGGUAACUAUGUCAUUGUGGUCAACUGUUCUGAGGGUCUUGACUUCAAAAGCAUGGGUCGUAUGUARAGUGGAUUGGCUCAGACUGGUGCUUGGGGUUGCUUUGAUGAGUUCAACCGUAUCAACAUUGAAGUGUUGUCRGUGGUAGCACAGCAAAUCCUGUCCAUCUUAUCAGCCUUAUCAGCAGGAGCAACACGCUURGUCUUUGAAGGAAGAGAGAUCAACCUUGUCUGGUCUUGUGGGAUCUUCAUCACUAUGAACCCAGGUUACGCUGGCCGUACUGAACUUCCUGACAACUUGAAGAGCAUGUUUAGACCCAUCUCUAUGUGUGUUCCUGACUCAGGGAUGAUAGCUGAAAUCAUCUUGUUUGCUGAGGGUUUUAACAACACCAAGGUAUUAGCAAAGAAAGUCUACACACUGUACUCCCUAGCAGUACAACAGCUGUCWAAACAAGAUCAUUAUGACUUUGGUCURCGUGCUCUCACCUCUGUACURAGAUAUGCAGGAAAGAAGAAYAGAGCAAACCCAGACAUGACUGAUGAAGAGAUCCUUCUCAUGUCUAUGAAAGACAUGAACAUUGCCAAGCUGACKUCCCAGGACACUCCUCUGUUUAAUGGUAUUGUACAAGAUCUGUURCCUGGUGUAGAGGCCCCAGUCAUUGAUUAUGGAAAGCUCAGCAAUGCAAUACAGAAGGAAUUGAGAGAAGCUGGUUUACAAGCUACUCCAACAACAAUGCUGAAAGUCAUUCAGUUAUAUGAAACCAAAAACUCAAGGCAUUCUACCAUGUUAGUAGGUCAGACUGGCUCAGGAAAGAGUGUGUGUUGGCGUAUUCUUCAGUCAGCCAUGACACGAAUGAAGAGAGAUGGAGAAUCUGGWUUCAAUGUUGUCAAGGAAUUCCCCAUCAACCCAAAGGCAUUAUCUCUUGGUGAGCUGUAUGGAGAGUUUGAURUGAACACAAAUGAAUGGACAGAUGGAGUGCUGUCAAGUGUUAUGAGGCAAACAUGUGCAGAUGAAAAGUCAGAUGAGAAAUGGAUUUUGUUUGAUUCUCCUGUUGACACAUUGUGGAUUGAGUCCAUGAACUCAGUUAUGGAUGACAACAAGGUGUUGACACUUAUCAAUGGUGAACGUAUUAGCAUGCCAGAACAGGUAUCCUUACUGUUUGAAGUUGAGAACCUUGCUGUUGCUUCACCUGCUACAGUAAGCCGUUGUGGAAUGGUAUACACAGAUUAUAAAGACCUUGGUUGGCAACCCUAUGUAGACUCCUGGCUAGAAAAGAGACCUGACAAGCAGUCUAUUGAGCACCUUCAAAGGCUCUUUGAAAAGUUUGUACCCAAGGUGUUGGAGUUCAAGAGUCGCAACUGCAGGGAGCCUAUUCCUACAUCUGAGCUGAAUUCUGUAGCAUCCUUGUGUACUCUUUUUGAAGCAUUAGCUACUGAAGCUAAUGGGGUCUUGGCUCAUGAGGAAAGCUAUGCUCGUAUGAUUGAGUUGUGGUUUCUCUUCUCUCUCAUUUGGUCAAUCUGUGCUUCAGUUGAUGAAGAUAGCAGYAAGAAGAUGGACAACUUUUUAAGAGAGUUGGAAGGACAAUUUCCUGCAAAGGAUACGGUAUAUGAAUACCAUGUCGACACAAAGCAGAAAACAUGGGCAUUGUGGGAAGACAAAUUAAGGUCUGGAUGGCGUUACAACCCAAGUGUCCCUUUCUACAAGAUAAUGGUUCCAACUGUAGACACUGUCCGAUAUGACUUUUUAGUCUAUAACCUGAUCCAUGCUAAGCARCCUGUGUUGCUUGUUGGUCCUGUUGGUACUGGUAAGACUUCAGUAGCACAAGGUGUCCUACAGCGUCUCGACUCUAAGAUCUACAGUCUKCUGGUUGUUAACAUGUCAGCUCAGACCAGCUCUAAUAAUGUCCAGGAAAUCAUAGAAAGUAAAGUGGAAAAACGAACUAAAGGAAUGUAUGUUCCUAUUGGUGGCAAACAAAUGAUUACAUUCAUGGAUGACUUCAACAUGCCUGCUAAAGACACAUUUGGAUCACAGCCUCCAUUAGAGCURAUUAAAUUAUGGUUGGAUUAUGGAUUCUGGUAUGACAGACUAAAYCAAACCAUCAAAUAUAUCAAGGACAUGCAUCUAUUGGCUGCGAUGGGUCCUCCAGGUGGUGGACGUAUGGAAAUCUCUAAGAGACUACAAAGCAGGUUCAACCUGAUCAACAUGACUUURCCACAAGAGAGCCAAAUCAAGCGUAUCUUUGGCACAAUGAUAAAUCAAAAGCUGCAGGACUUUGAAGAGGAUGUUAAAGCCCUUGGUGAUAUCAUGACACAGGCAACCAUUGACAUCUACAACACRAUUGUAGCAAAGAUGUUGCCCACACCAACUAAAAUCCAUUACUUAUUCAAUUUGAGAGACAUUUCAAAGAUAUUCCAAGGACUUCUACGUGCCAAUAAAGAUCUUCAUGACACAAAGACCAGUAUCUCACGACUUUGGGUGCAUGAAAAUUUCAGAGUAUUUGCUGAUCGUCUUGUUGAUGCACAAGAUCGAGAGACAUUUGUAACCCUUUUGAGUGACAAACUUGGUACCAUGUUUGACUUGACAUAUCACAARCUUUGCCCAAACAAACAACCUCCUAUCUUUGGUGAUUUCAUGAAAGAUGGUACRGUAUAUGAAGACUUAACAGACUUCAAAGCUUUGAAGAAGUUCAUGGAAGAUCAGUUAGAGGACUACAACAUGGAACCUGGAAUUAUACCCCAAGAUCUUGUACUGUUUAGAGAUGCCAUUGAACAUGUGACAAGGAUAAUCCGUGUGAUUGGUCAACCAAGGGGUAACAUGUUACUGGURGGUAUUGGUGGUAGCGGUAGACAAAGCCUUACACGUCUGGCAUCRUACAUCAUUGAAUARAAAGUAUUCCAGAUUGAAGUCACUAAACACUACAGGAUUAUGGAAUUCAGGGAUGAUAUCAAGCGACUWUAUUACCAGGCAGGAGUUGAAAACAAACCAACAGUCUUCUUGUUCACUGARACACAAGCCUUAGAGGAGACCUUCCUUGAGGACAUUAACAAUAUCUUGAGUAGUGGAGAGGUUCCUAACUUGUACAAACCUGAUGAAUUUGAAGAGGUUCGUACUGCUUUGMCAGAAGCAGCUCGUAAAGAUGGUAUACAGGACACACCKGAGACRAUGUUUUCAUUCUUCAUUGAGAGAGUUCGCAGUAAUCUGCACAUUGUACUCUGUAUGAGUCCUGUGGGGGAUCCCUUCAGGAAUCGCAUUCGUAUGUAUCCAGCCUUUGUCAACUGUACAACAAUUGACUGGUUUAGUGAGUGGCCCCAAGAUGCUUUGCUAGAGGUGGCUGAGAAAUACCUUGAACACAUUGARGUUGGUGAUGAGGAACURAAGAAYGGWGUAGCRGAAGUGUUUGUUGURGUACAUCGUUCAGUUGUUGACAUGUCWGCCCGAAUGCUAAUGGAAGUCAAGCGUCAUAAUUAUGUGACACCAACAAAUUACCUGGAAUUGGUAUCAGGCUACCAGACAUUAUUAGCUGAGAAGAAGAAAGAGCUUGGUGAUGCUGCAAGUAAAUUAAGGAAUGGUUUGGAAAAGAUUGAUGACACUAGGGCUAAGGUUGAAGUUAUGUCUGUUGAGCUUGAAGAGGCCACCAUCAAAGUCAAUGAGUUUCAAAAGCAGUGCGAGGAAUAUCUAGUGGUCAUUGUCCAACAGAAACGAGAUGCGGAUGAGCAACAAAAGAUUGUUCAAGCCAGAAGUGAAAAAAUCAUGGAYGAAGAGGAGAAAUGUCGCAGUAUGGCAGAGAAUGCACAGCGUGACUUGGAUGAAGCUAUUCCUGCUCUGCAAGAAGCCAUGAAGGCCUUGGAAUCACUGAACAAGAAAGAUAUGACUGAAAUCAAGUCUUAUGGCCGUCCUCCUGCUUUYGUUGAAAAGGUCAUGGAAGCUGUGAUGAUCCUUAGAGGUUCUGAACCUACCUGGGCUGAGGCUAAGAGGCAACUUGGUGAUGGCAACUUCAUCAAACAGCUUGUCAAUUAUGACAAAGACAACAUGUCUGACCGUGUACUUAAGAAGAUUGGUACCUACUGUGCUCUCUCUGACUUUCAACCAGAAAUCAUUGGACGUGUAUCUCUAGCUGCCAAGUCACUAUGUAUGUGGGUUAGAGCCAUGGAGGUUUAUGGUCGAAUAUAUCGUGUGGUGGAACCKAAAAGACAGAGACUUCACCAAGCACAAUCACAGCUGGCUGAGAAACAAGCCAUUUUAGCUGAAGCUAAAGCCAAACUAAAAGAGGUAACUGAUCGCAUGGAAGAACUCAAGAAGCAGUACGAUGAGAAGUCUGCACAGAAAGAAGAACUUAGAAAAAAGGCAGAGAUGUUGGAGAUCAAACUUGACCGUGCUGGUAAACUAGUGUCUGGUUUGGCUGGAGAAAGAGACAGGUGGGAAGCCAGUGUGAAGAUUCUUGAUGAGAACAUCAGUUACCUUGUGGGUGACUGCUUGAUUGCUGCAGCCUUCCUUUCUUAUGCAGGACCAUUUUUGUCCAACUACAGAGAUGAACUUGUGCAGAAAACAUGGCUGGCACAGGUCCGACAAGUUAACCUUCCAUGUAAUCCAGACUUUACAUUCUCCUUGUUCCUUGCAAAGCCUACAACAGUCAGAGAAUGGAAUAUACAGGGCUUGCCUUCUGAUGCCUUUUCAACUGAAAAUGGUGUUAUUGUCACUCGUGGAAACAGGUGGCCUCUGAUGAUUGAUCCUCAAGGGCAAGCACUCAAGUGGAUCAAAAACAUGGAAACCAAGAAUGGUUUAAAGAUAAUAGAUCUACAGCAACCUGACUARCUAAGGACUUUAGAGAAUGCUGUUCAGUUUGGUAGCCCAGUACUGCUGCAGAAUGUCCAGGAAGAACUCGACCCAUCCUUGGCUCCUAUAUUAAACAAAUCUCUCAUAAAAGUUGGUAAUKGAUAUCUCAUCAAACUGGGUGACAAGGAGGUUGAAUACAAUCUUGACUUCAGCUUUUAUAUCACAACAAAACUAAGCAAUCCACAUUACACUCCUGAGAUCUCCACAAAAACKACUAUUGUCAACUUUGCUGUCAAGGAYCAAGGUCUUGAGGCCCAGUUGCUUGGUAUUGUUGUACGRAAGGAACGUCCUGAGUUAGAAGAACAGAAGGAUGAGUUGGUCAURAAGAUUGCUUCUGGUAAAAAGAAAAUAGAGGAAUUGGAAGAUGAGAUUCUYAGACUGCUACAAACAGCUCAAGGUUCAUUACUUGAUGAUGAACAGUUGGUAAACACACUGAACUCAUCCAAGAUAACCUCCCAGGAAGUUGCAGAACAGUUGGCUGUCAGUGAACAGACUGAAAUCAAGAUUGAUGCAGCAAGAGAGGGAUAUCGACCAUGUGCACAGAGGUCAUCCAUCCUUUUCUUUGUGCUGAAUGACAUGGGUCGUAUUGACCCUAUGUACCAGUUUUCUCUUGAUGCCUACAUUGAACUUUUCAAUAACUCCAUUGAGAAAAGUCAAAGAAGUCCUAACCUGGAUAUACGAAUACAGAAUCUGAAUGAGUAUCACACCUAUGCUGUAUAUAAGUGAAUGGGAGAAUGCUUGUAAUGAGCUGCAAAGAAUGCUGGUUGUGAGGUCACUACGCCCUGACAGGGUUUCUUUUACUGCAACUUCCUUCAUUGUCAACAACCUUGGAUCAAAAUUUGUGGAGCCCCCUGUCCUUGACAUGUCAUCUGUGGUAGAGGAUUCAUCGACCAGGACGCCAUUGAUUUUUGUACUUUCACCUGGUGUGGAUCCAACAAGUGCUUUGUUGCAAUUGGCAGAGAAUUGUGGCAUGUCCAAUCGCUUCCAUGCAUUAUCUUUGGGACAYGGACAAGCUCCAAUUGCUACCAGAAUGAUCAAAGAGGGUGUSAAAGAUGGUAACUGGGUGUUCUUGGCAAACUGUCAUUUAUCYCUAAGCUGGAUGCCUCAGCUUGAUAAACUUGUUGAACAGCUUCAAGUAGAAGAUCCUCAUCCUGACUUUAGGCUUUGGCUUAGUAGCAGCCCUAAUCCUGAUUUCCCCAUCUCAAUCCUUCAAGUUGGAAUUAAAAUGACAACUGAACCACCAAAGGGCCUGAAAGCUAACAUGAAACGUCUUUAUCAACUGGUGACYGAACAGCAGUUUUCUCGUUGUCACAAACAAGACAAGUACAAGAAGAUGCUGUUUGCUUUAUGCUUUUUCCACAGUGUUUUGCUGGAGAGAAGAAAAUUUCUCAUGCUGGGUUGGAACAUUGUAUAUGGCUUUAAUGACUCAGAUUUUGAGGUUUCUGAAAAUCUACUGAGCAUCUAUUUGGAUGAAUAUGAAGAAACACCCUGGGAUGCCCUGAAAUACUUGAUUGCUGGCGUCAAUUAUGGAGGUCAUGUGACUGACGACUGGGAUCGUCGUCUUCUACAUUCUUAUAUCAAUGAAUCAUUCAAUGACACGGCACUACAAACACCUUAUUUCAAAUUGUCAUCAUUACCUACUUACUACAUACCCAAGGAUGGGCCAUUGUCAACAUACAGGGAGUACAUAAGUAUGUUACCAAACGUUGAUCACCCUGAAACAUUUGGCCAACACCCUAAUGCUGACAUUGCAAGUCAGAUCAUAGAAACAAGGACUCUGUCAGACACAUUGCUGUCAUUACAACCUCAAGUUGUGUCUGGUGGACAAGGGGAAAGUAAAGAAGAAAAGGUGUUAGAACUUGCAGCUGACGUCCUUAAAAAAGUUCCUGAGGAAAUCGACUAUGAACAGACAGCAAAGAUAUUAGCUGAUGAUCCAUCUCCACUCAAUGUUGUACUCCUUCAYGAGAUUGAAAGAUUCAACAGACUGCUUCGUAUUAUCAAGAAGUCCCUCAUUGACCUUGAGAAGGGUAUCAAAGGUUUGGUAGUCAUGUCAUCUGAUUUGGAAGAAACAUUCAACUGCAUAUAUGAUGCUCGAGUUCCUCCUCUAUGGGGAAAGGCCUACCCUUCUAACAAGCCUUUAGCAGCAUGGACACGUGAUCUUGUGCAUAGAGUGGAUCAYUUUGACAAGUGGGCCACCACAGCCCAUCAACCAAUUAUCUUCUGGUUAUCAGCCUUUACGUUCCCCACUGGUUUUCUUACUGCUGUACUGCAGACAUGUGCCCGUCAGAAUAAUAUAUCAGUGGAUUCUCUGUCCUGGGAGUUUGUUGUUGCUACCGUGGAUGACAGUAACAUCACACAACAGCCUAAGGAUGGUGUAUGGAUCAAAGGUUUGUUCCUUGAGGGUGCAGGAUGGGARAAGAAAAAUGCUUGUCUUGUUGAAGCAAGUCCAAUGAUGCUUGUAAGUCCUAUGCCAACCAUUCACUUCAAACCAGUAGAAAACAAGAAGAAAGCAGGCAAAGGGAUGUACACAUGUCCAUGCUACUACUAUCCAAACCGUGCUGGCACAUCUGAUCGUGCAUCGUUUGUUGUGGCUAUAGACUUAAAGGCUGGUGCCAUGACAUCAGAUCACUGGAUCAAACGAGGAACAGCUAUCUUAAUGAGUUUAGAUUAUUAGUUGUACAGCAUGGCUGCAUAAUGUAAAUAUAAUUCAGAAUUGGUUGUGUGCAUCUUGUAAGCUUUAUGUAAAAACAUUUUGSUAUUACCAUUUUACAUGUAGUCAUGACAAAAACAAAAAAUAUCAUGGUUUUACAAAAUUCAACUAUUAGUGAGGACUAUUGGUAUUCCCAUUUUAAAUUAUUUGCACAAAAUUAACGUCAAAAUAGUUAUAAAUAUUAAUUUAUAUCAAUAAAGAGUGUAUUUUAGAUAUUA